AUGUCCCCCUUCAACCUGCAGCAUGGCGCUUCCCAGCCCGGCUCCUCGCGCCUCCUCCCGCCCCUAGGGGUCGCCGUCGCGCCGUCAUUCCCUUCCCUCGGUUCCCGGGCGAGACGCGCUGAAGGUGGGAGGAGGAAAGGCCGGCGCGUGUGCAUGCGCAUGGCGCGGAUUCCCUCAUCCUGGCCCCGUGGCUGCCGGGUCCUCGCCACGUCCCCUUCCCGGAGCUACGCGCCCGGCUGGGUUCCGAUCCGCCGUGUCUCUCGGGGGCGGCUCGCGGGGCAGGGGCGCUUCCGGCUCGGCCGCACGCCCAAGUGUCAUGCGGGAGCCCCCGAGGCCUGGGGCCGGGUGCGGCUCCCAAACUGUGAGCUCGUGGCCACGGGAAGCCUGAGUGCGGCAGAGGCCCCACAGCUGCGCCGAGUGCGGCAAGAGCCUCCCAUACAGUUACUCCCUGAGCGGUCAUCUCCGAAGCCCUGCUCGUUAGAAGCCUUCCCCUGCCCUGACUGUGGAAAGCGUUUCAGCCAGAGCUCUGACCUGCUGCAGCAGAGCCUGCGGAAGGGGUUUUACUCAGAGCGCAUCCCUCCUCCAGCACUGGCGGGUCCACAGCGACUGGCGAGAGACCUUGUCACUGUCCCCAGUGCGUGGCCAGCUCUGCUGCUGGCUCACCAAGGAGCACAGACUGGCCGAAGGAAGCCCUGCGUCUGUCCCCAGUGCCAGCAGGUUUUUGGGGACCGGUGGAAGCUGAUCCGCCACCAGCGAAUUCACACAAGACAGCGUCCCUUCUGCUGCUGCAGCUGCGGUGACAGCGUCAGUGAGAAGACCUCCCUCUCCCAGAGCGUCCUCCCGCACCCAAGGGAGAAGACCUGCAGGCCUGGGAGCGUGGAGAGCGUCAGCCUCGCACCCAGCUCAGUCGCCCCGGGCAGCACCUCCGGGCUCCGGCCCUGUGGGAGCCCCGGGUCCUUCCUUCAACAUCUGCCCCCAUCCACACUCCUGCCCCGACCUCCCUUCCUUUAUCCUGGCCCCCCACUCAGUCUCCAGCCUCUGGUUCCAUCCGGCCUUCCCGCAGGGCCUGCAGGGCCUCCGGGAGGCCUGGAAGUUGCCCAGGUUCCGCCAGCCACCCAGCCGGCAGCUCAGCAGGAGGGGGCAAUGGGGCCCAGAAGGAGUGCGAGUGCGGGACGGGACUCGCGGGAGGCGGUUCAGGCCCCAGGCUACCCUGAGCCAACCCGGGAGGCCUCGCAGCACAGAGCGGCCCGACCGCUCGGCGAGGCCAGGACCAGGCUUCAGCGACAGUGCCGAGCUCCUCCGCCGCCCUCGAACCCACACUGGAGAGGAGCCCUACCAGUGUUUCCGGUGUGGAAGGCCUCCAGCCAGAGGUCCAACCUGGCCCGACACUGAAGAACCAGCGUGCUGCAGCCCUGGGUGGAAUAGUUGCAGCCCCCAGUGAACUGUGGAUCUGAGAUGCAGUCCCCUCCCUCCACAAAGACCCGCUCAGGACGGCUUUUCUGUAUGGCAGAUCUUUCUCAGAAGUGCUGGGGGCUAUGUUUGUUUUUUUCCCCUGAAUUCUCGCUCCUUUCCCUUAUACAUUAAGGGAUUUAGGCAGGUGAGGCUGCGGGCGGUGACUCACACCUGUAAUCCCAGCGCUUUAAGAGACCGAGGUGGGAGGAUCGCGUGAGACCAAAGAAUUUG